AGGAAAUCCAAGAAGAUGGGAUCCUUUCUUUCGAGAACCCUUCUAUUGGCUUUUGGUUAUGCUUACCCGGCUUACGAGUGCUUUAAGGCAGUGGAAAAAGAUGAGCCAGAAAUUGAGCAACUUCGAUUUUGGUGUCAAUACUGGAUUUUAGUUGCUAUCCUGACAGUUUGUGGAAGAAUUGGAGAUGUCUUCAUCUCAUGGUUGCCAUUGUACAAUGAAGCAAAAUUGGCGUUGGUUAUUUAUCUUUGGCAUCCCAACUGGAAAGGAACAGCUUAUGUUUAUAAUUCUUUUCUUCGGCCUUACGUCGUAAAACAUGAGACACAAGUCGAUGGAAAAUUGUUUGAGCUAAAGCUUAAGGCAAGGGAGGUUGGAAGUCUUUGUUGGCAUAGGGCAAUGAAUUAUGGUAAGACAAUGUCUUUAGACAUCUUGCAGCAUUUGUCUUCUCAAAAAGGAUCGGACCUUCCUCUUGAGCAGCGGCAGAAUCUCAGGAAAACCGAUACGCUUGCUUUAAGUCAGGCAUCUGCUACCAAGCCAGAGCAGUUGAAACAACGCCUUCCAGAUUCAUCCUGCUUGUCCGAGGAGCAGCCCGAGACAAACAAUGAACCAGGUUGUCUCCGUGCAUCCCAGAGUAAUAAAAGGAUGAUCUCGUCUCAAUAUUGUGUUAAAACAACUAGCCAAUCAUCAGUGAGUCAAGUAGAAACAGGGACAAUUCAACCAACAUCAUCCUUAGGAAAUGGAAACUCCAAUUCAUCUCAAGACCAAACACCUUACAAGGAGGCUGCACGAGGUCAAAACUCGAAACAAAAAUCAUCAAUAGUCCAAGGAUGUAAGGACGGAUGGGAUAUUAUCCGGUGGUUACCCUCCGUAGGUUUGGCAUUGGUUUUGAUGAAUAAAGACAAAACGUUCCUUUUUAUCAAAUUAGAGAUUUGCACCACACAUCAAUGGACAAUUGUUCUCCGCCUAUGACAUGUGUCCAGUUGCCACAAUCAGACGCCACACAUCUCACAGGAGAUAACAUUGAUGGGAAAUGUCUUCCACCAGAUCUCGUGUGUGACUCACGGGACUCACAACAAAAACAAAGGGCUAGCUGUUAGCUCCUCAUCACAAGACUCACAAGUUUUUGAUCCAUAAAGAAAGAAAAAGAAGGGAGCCAAAGAAUUAAUGGAAACAAGUACAGCAACAACAGGAACCCCCCAAAAGAAGAAAAGUGAGCAGGUGCUAGACGGUUCGGAUAUAAUGGAGUUGGUUGAGAACGAGGAGGUGUUUAGCAGUUUCGUGGAUCAUAAGUUCAAGGAGCUUGAUAAAGACAGCGAUGGUCAGCUCUCUGUGAAGGAGCUUCAGCCUGCUGUUGCUGAUAUAGGUGCUGCUCUUGGCUUGCCUGCUCAGGGUUCUUCCCCUGAUUCUGACCAUUUCUACUCCGAGGUUUUGAAUGAAUUCACCCAUGGAACUCAUGAAAAAGUGAGCAAGACUGAGUUUAAAGAGGUUCUUUCAGAUAUUCUCCUGGGUAUGGCCGCGGGUUUGAAGCGAGACCCUAUUGUGAUCCUCCGUAUUGAUGGAGAAGACCUCUUAGAGUUCAUUAAUGGUCCAAGUUAUGAAGCAGAGAUGGUGUCUGUGUUUUCACAGUUAGGGUCAGAUGAUACAUCGCUGCGUGAUUGCCUUGUCAAGGCUUUGGAGAAACUUACGGUUGAUCAAGGAAUGCCCCCUUCUUCAGAUUCUUGGGUUAUGAGUAACAUAGUGGAACCAGCUUCGCAAUCAUGGGACGGCAAUGAUCAAGAGAAACCUGUCUCUCAAGAAACAUUCUUGGAAGAAUUUAAGAAAGUUGCAGAGCGCGUGGCUGAAAAACUCAAGGAGCAGCCUGUAAUUGUUGCCCAUAGUGAAAACAUCUUUGAUGGAAGUAGCAUUAAAAGACUACUAUCCAACACGUUUGAACUAGAGAAGUCACUGAAUACAGCUUUAGAAAAUGUGCCAAAAGAUCGAAAUGGGAAAAUAUCGAAGGAGUAUUUACGCGUGGUGCUAGAUGCAGUGGCUCCAUCGGCUGGCUUACCUCCAAUCGGUGCAGUUGAACAGAUCGACAAGGUAGUCGCUGAUGUUUUCGACAUGAUAAACGCGGAUGACGGGAAGAUGGUAAAAGAAGAUGAGUUAAAGAAACUAUUGGCAGAGAUCCUGGGGAGCAUCAUGCUGCAGUUAGAGGGCAAUCCCAUCACAGUUUCUUCAAAUUCUGUUGUUCAUGAGCCCCUCGCAUCAUCCUCAACCGUUUUGCAGCCAUCAUCCUAGUUACCUAUAUAUCACAGACACCUCUCAUAUAUCAGGGGAAACAAAAUAAAAAGGGCCAAUAAAUUUUUGGUUUAAUUAAGUAAAUUACCACUACCUUAAGUUGUUUGCUGUGCAGUUCAUUUGGUUGUGCCAAUGACAUAGGCACACACGCGCACGCACGCGCUAGCUGGCUAUUAACUUAUACGCUCAAAUGCAGAACUAGAUGGAAGGCAGACUUGUCGCUGUCAAUUAGACCCAAAAGCAAACCUAAAGUAGACUCUUUUAUUCAUUGCAAAUGAUUAACCGGCAUGUAUACCUUUAUCUCUUAAUAAGCAUUUCAGUAUGGAAUCUUCAAUUUAAA